AUGACGAGCCUUAUCGAUAAGAAUUUUCCGGCUGGGGACCUUUCUGAGCGCAACUAUGUUCGAUGGGAUAUUGAAGGUGUAGAGAGAGUUCCCCAGAAUGAGGCAGAGGAUAUCCAGGCUGUCGCCAACUUAAUCAACGAGCAGCAACGAAGAACAUGGAAUAAAACGCGACACGGGUAUGGUGCGACCCAUGCAAGGACACAAGGCAUUGUAAAGGGCAAGUUCAUCGUUCCGGAUGAUUUGCCAAAGCAUCUAAAGCAAACCGAGCUGUUCCAGAUUGGAGGAGAGUAUCCCGCUGCUUGCCGGUACAGCUCCGAGCCUGGUGAUCCAGGUCUCGAUGCAAGUUCUCAACUUCAUUUCAUAUAA